AAGAACAUAAUUCCUGGUUGGUGACAGACAUAAUGUUUUACCGGUUGUUAUCAAUUGCCCGAAGACGAAGAACCAGCCCAGGAUGGCAGAACUGGUCCUUGGCGAGAAGCAACACAUCAACUGCUGAGGCACAUUCUAUCACCCUGCCUGCCCAGGCCCAGGUUGUCAUCUGUGGGGGUGGAAUCAUGGGCACAUCUGUGGCCUAUCACCUCUCCAAGAUGGGGUGGACAGAUAUUGUCCUUUUGGAGCAGGGCAGGUUGGCUGCUGGCUCCACCAGGUUCUGUGCUGGCAUCCUGAGCACUGCCAGGCAGUUGACCAUUGAGCAGAAGAUGGCAGACUAUUCAAACAGACUCUACCAUCAGUUAGAGCAAGAAACAGGGAUUCAAACAGGUUACAUAAGGACAGGCUCAAUCUUUCUGGCUCAAACACAGGACCGGCUCAUUUCCUUGAAGCGCAUCAACUCAAGUUUGAAUGUUACAGGCAUCCCUUCAGAGAUCAUCUCCCCAAAGAAAGUGGCUGAACUUUACCCUCUCCUCAAUGUGCACGACCUGGUGGGGGCCAUGCAUGUUCCUGAGGAUGCUGUGGUGUCCUCUGCUGAUGUGGCUCUUGCCCUGGCAAGUGCUGCCUCCCAAAAUGGUGUUCAGAUUUAUGACCGGACAACUAUUCUUCAUAUAAUGGUCAAAAAAGGCCAAGUUACUGGUGUGGAAACAGAUAAAGGACAGAUUGAAUGCCAGUAUUUUGUCAACUGUGCUGGUCAGUGGGCAUACGAGCUGGGUCUGUCCAACGAGGAGCCGGUUAGUAUCCCGUUACAUGCCUGCGAACACUUCUACCUUCUGACUCGCCCCUUGGAGACCCCUCUGCAGAGCAACACACCAACUAUUGUUGAUGCUGAUGGAAGAAUUUAUAUUCGGAACUGGCAGGGUGGCAUCUUGUCUGGGGGCUUUGAAAAGAACCCAAAACCUAUUUUCACUGAGGGCAAGAACCAGCUGGAAAUUCAGAAUCUGCAGGAAGAUUGGGAUCAUUUUGAGCCCCUGUUGAGUUCCCUCCUGCGUAGAAUGCCAGAAUUGGAGACUCUGGAGAUCAUGAAGUUGGUGAACUGCCCUGAGACCUUCACACCAGACAUGAGGUGCAUCAUGGGCGAGUCUCCUGUAGUACAGGGCUACUUUGUCCUGGCAGGGAUGAACUCUGCUGGCCUGUCAUUUGGUGGAGGAGCUGGAAAGUAUCUUGCUGAAUGGAUGGUACAUGGUUAUCCCUCAGAAAACGUCUGGGACUUGGACUUGAAACGCUUUGGAGCACUCCAGAGCAGCCGUACCUUUCUGCGUCACCGGGUCAUGGAAGUCAUGCCUCUGAUAUACGAUCUGAAGGUUCCCCGUUGGGACUUCCAGACAGGUAGGCAGUUGCGCACAUCUCCUCUGUAUGACCGGCUAGAUGCACAAGGAGCCAGAUGGAUGGAGAAACAUGGAUUUGAGAGGCCAAAGUACUUUGUUCCACCUGACAAAGACCUCCUUGCAUUGGAGCAGAGCAAGACUUUCUAUAAGCCAGAUUGGUUUGACAUUGUGGAGGCUGAAGUCAAGUGCUGUAAGGAAGCUGUGUGUGUCAUCGACAUGUCCUCUUUCACAAAGUUUGAGAUAACAUCCACUGGGGAUCAGGCACUAGAAAUUCUACAAUACCUCUUUUCCAAUGAUCUGGAUGUGCCUGUGGGCCACAUUGUACAUACUGGCAUGCUCAACGAGGGCGGAGGAUAUGAAAAUGACUGUAGCAUCGCACGCCUGAGCAAACGCAGUUUCUUCAUGAUCUCUCCAACCGAUCAACAGGUCCACUGUUGGGCCUGGCUUAAGAAACACAUGCCGAAGGACAACAACCUGCUGCUGGAGGAUGUCACCUGGAAAUACACUGCCCUCAAUCUAAUUGGUCCUCGAGCUGUAGAUGUGCUGUCCGAGUUGUCCUAUGCCCCCAUGACUCCAGACCACUUCCCAACUCUCUUUUGCAAGGAGAUGAGUGUGGGCUACGCAAAUGGGAUCCGGGUGAUGAGCAUGACUCACACAGGAGAGCCAGGAUUCAUGCUUUAUAUCCCCAUAGAGUAUGCUCUGCACGUAUACAAUGAAGUGAUGAAUGUUGGACAGAAAUAUGGAAUCCGGAAUGCUGGGUAUUAUGCUCUUCGCAGUCUCCGAAUUGAGAAGUUCUUCGCCUUCUGGGGUCAGGAUUUGAAUACCCUCACCACGCCCCUGGAAUGUGGACGGGAAUCCUGGGUGAAAUUAGAGAAGGGCAUGGAUUUCAUUGGUCGGGAAGCUCUGCUGCAGCAGAAACAAAAUGGGGUGUAUAAACGCUUCACCAUGUUCAUUCUGGAUGACCAUGACACAGACCUGGACCUCUGGCCUUGGUGGGGAGAGCCUAUUUUCCGGAACGGGCAGUAUGUUGGCAAAACCACCAGCAGUGCCUAUAGCUAUACUUUGGAGCGCCAUGUGUGCCUCGGCUUUGUGCACAAUUUUUCAGAAGACAGCGGUGAAGAGGAGGUGGUAACCACUGAUUUCAUUAACCGGGGAGAAUAUGAAAUUGACAUUGCAGGCCACCGGUUCCAGGCUAAGGCUAAACUCUACCCUGUCACCUCCCUCUUUGCUCACAAGCGCCGAAAGGAUGAUGUGGAGCUGAGUGACUUACAUGGGAAGUAAUGGCAGGACAAUCUCACCUCUUGUCAUCUCAUUGUAAGGAACAUCAUCUCAGAAGCUUCUUCCUUUCCUCUCACCCUGUCCCUGCUUACUAAACCUUUGCUUCCCAUCUCUUACCUCCUUGAUAUAAUUUUAAACUUGACCUACUUUUAAACUUUU